AUGGGUGAAACUGUUGCGCAAUACGAAGCAGCAUUGCAAGAAUUGGCGACAAAGUGUGAAUUCAAAGAUUCUUCAGAUGCCAUUAAAGACCAAUUUCUAAGCGGCAUACUCAGCGAUGACAUUCGCGAAACACUUUUCAAGUUAGAAAAUCUAACUUUAGAAUUAGCCUUGAAAACAGCGACGGCUUGCGAAGAAGCAAAAGUAGCGUCGAGUAAGGUAAAGGCAAACGGUGAACAGUCCGAAAACAAACAAGACUUGUUACAGCUUAAAUCAGAAAUAUUCCGGGGCUCCGCAAAUAAAAGGUUCAAUCACAAGCGAGGCUCUACAUUUCACCAAAACAAAGGAAAAUUCCAAGGCAAAAAUUCUUCACGAUACCAGCAGCGAAACAAAAACAAUACACGUAACAAUUCGAACUCAAACUGCCAUCGUUGCGGAAAACCGAAUCACGAAGAAAGCAGAUGUUGGCAUAAAGACAAAACAUGUAACAAGUGUAACAAGAAAGGGCAUCUCGAAUCAGUCUGCUGGAGCGGCGGUAAAAACCAAGCAACAUUGAAAAAUCUACAAGAGAAGAAAGAAGAUAAGCAGUCAAGCACGGACGAUGAAUCAUGGUUUGACGAUUUUUUUCGAAUAAGCGUAAGUGAUCCUGUAAUGAAAAUUAACUCUUUAGAAAAAAAAGAGAAAAUCGAUCCGCAAUAUCUAAAUGUAAAAGUCGAUUGGAAAAUUGUAUCGAGAGAAACGCGGAAAGACUUAGUAUUAGCAAAAGUUAUGAAUUACGUUAAAUACGGAUGGCCGAAAGGCAAGUUGCCAGACGAAAUUACACCCUUCCUGAACCGAAAGGACGAACUCACAAUUGAGCAAGAUUGCAUUUUAUGGGGAUAUAGAGUAAUAAUACCAGGAAAAAUGAUCAAUACAAUUUUGAAUGAACUGCAUAAAACGCACUUAGGAAUAGUAAAAAUGAAAGCAGUUGCGAGAUCGUUCUUUUGGUGGCCCGGGAUUGACGCGUGCAUUGAGCGUACAGCAAAGGCGUGUGACGAGUGUGCGCGCGAGAGAGACAAUCCGCCGGCGAGCUAUUUAAAUCCGUGGAAAUGGCCAUGCGGCGUUUGGGUGAGAAUUCAUUCCGACUUAAUAGGGCCGAUAGACGGGUUGACUUUCCUAUUAAUAUUAGACGCUCGAUCGAAAUGGCCAGAAAUUUUUUUAAUGCCCAACACUACUUCAGAAAGUUUAAUAAAAAUGUUUCGUCAAGUUUUCGCACGAUUCGGGUUUCCUGAGUGUUUAAUAACUGACAACGGACCGCAGUAUACAGCUCUAGAAUUUAAACUAUUUGUAAAAAAAUCAGGAAUAAAACAUGUAAAAUCAGCUGUCAAGCACCCAGAAACUAAUGGGGCUGCGGAAAAUUUAGUGCGAACUUUCAAAAAAGCGUAUAAAAAAUUGAAAAGACAGGGGUUAUCCACUCAAAAAGCAAUUGACACAUUUUUAUUCGACUAUAGAACUACUAAACAUUGUACAACCGGAGAAACCCCUGCUAAACUAAUGCUCGGUAAAGAAUUGAGAACACGAUUCACUCUUUUACUUCCAAACACGGAGCAAAAAGUUAAUGAAAAACAUGAUUGUCAAAUUCAACAUAAAAGGGGGAAAAGAAUAAUCGAAUUUAAAGAAGGCGAUUUAGUAUGGGCGAUGAAUUUUAGCAAAAACGCUGCUCCUUGGUUGGAAGCAAAAAUAAAGAGUAGAAUCGGACCAGUAAACUAUUUGAUUGAAUGGGAAUCAGGUAAAGUGGAUAAACGCCACGUCGAUCAAAUAGUAACUCGUGAAACGGUUGAAUUAGAUGACGUUGCACAGACAAACGAAAAAGCUAACGUUGAGAAAACUGUGUUAUUGCGUAGAUCCGCUCGGCUCCUAGAGAGAGAACAAAAAUUAAGCGGAGAGAAAGUGUAA